AUGGAUACAAAUGCAUCUCUACCACUGUUCCGCGCGGAUCAUGUGAAAAAACAUUCCUACCACUUGAUAAUACAUAGGAAUCAUCAUAAUGAAAUUGAUAAAUCUUGUGAAGAUAUAGUAGAUAAUCACAAAGAUGUUUUUGACAGUCAUAAAAAUGAAAAUUAUGCACCAAAAACAACUGAAUGUGAUUAUAGCGUUGCUGUGCUUGGCCAACUGGGAUACGUUCUCGACUAUGGAGACAUAAAGUCUAAAGGUUCACGCUGGAGGGAAGAUAAGAUUUUGAAAAGGUUUAAAAAUGAUAUUAAAUUGGAUGAUCAAGCAGUAAACGAUGUUUCCUUGGAUGUGGAGGCUGAAUUUAUUUCACAAAGGUUCUACUUAAACUCUAUCAGAUCCACUUCAAAAAAUUCAAGUACCAUUAAAAAUAUAGAUAUAAAUAAUGGGCAUACUUUCAAUACAGAUGUUAAUGACUUGGCAACCACCGCGAACAACACUGAUGAUUGUAAUGCUAAUGUUAUAUCUGACUGCGUUAAUGGUGAUGUAAAAUAUGUUCUAGAUUGUACUUGUGGUAUUGGCGGUAAUUUAAUUCCUAUAGCCGCAAAUUUCAUAUGUAUUGGAGUCGAAUUGUCACCUCAAAGAUGUGAAAUUUGUAAACACAACCUGAAAGUUUAUGGAUUGGACAAUCGUGCUGUUGUUGUAAAUACCGAUAUCACAACCUUCUUAGAUUCGAUAAAUUUCAAUGAUCCCCAAAGCUUUAAGGAUUUUGGAAUUGAUGUGACUAAGCCUCCCUUUGAUAAGCUGCUAAAACAAAAGUUUUCGUGGACUAUAAUAUCUCCACCUUGGGGUAGCACCAAUUAUCCCGGAUGCAAAGAAACAACUAUAACGUAUCGCCUUAGGUACAUCACAUCGAUAGACAUCAAAAGUGUAGUGACUAAAGCAGCUGCUGUGAGUAAUAAUGUUUCAUUGAUGUUACCAAGGUCUCAAAAUAUACCAGAUCUAAUCCAUUUAUCGCAACUAACAAAUCUCCCAUUUGUCACGAUCGAUUUACUAUACAAGUCAACCCGCAAUCCCUUACCAAGGUUAUGUUAUGUUCACCUUACCAGCCAAUUAAUGGAUAAGUGUGGGCCAGUUAAGCGCAGAAAGGUUGAUAUGGAAAGGUGGGAUAUCGCUGAUAUUACCGAGUGCGUUUAUAUAGCUGUACCAAUCAAUUAUAACCAAGGUAAAAUAAAUCUUAUAAGUCCACUAUCAACAAAUUCAAUGUUUAAUGACAUAAAAACCCCAUCUUUCACUAGAGCCUUAGGAGAAUCGAUACUUAGUGCCAUUAAUGAGCCUAUCCACAGCCUGCCCAGAUUGAUCAAUAUAAUUGAAAUCAUUGGUACUAAGGAGAUCCAAUCGUUGCUCCAGGAUACAAAUAGAAUUUAUCACUCAUGUGGUAUGAAAUAUGACUUAGAUGGUAUAACUAAGAGUAGGACCUUUGGUGGUAUAUUUUUCUACCUCUUCAAGACAAGGCAUCGAAUGGUAUAUCGACAAGUUGAAAAACAGGAUAAACUCAGAAAGUUACGAAAACAGCAUUGA